CGCAUUUUCUGAAUAUCUUGAGGCGGGCUUUAAGGUUUAAAAUACGUUUGUCUUAAGCUACCAAUUUAUGAUUAAAGGUAUUAUUUUUUUAAAUUUAGCAAUUGUGGAAUUUAUGCAAGAAUUGCCCUUCUUUGGUUGAAAUGUCUUGUUUCGACAAACUGACAAUAUCUGGCAUACGAAGUUUCGGACCUAAUCAAGAUGAGAAAGGUGUUAUUAAAUUCUCAUCACCAUUAACAUUGAUUCUUGGAGAAAAUGGUUGUGGUAAAACCACCAUAAUUGAAGCACUGAAGUUUGCUUGUUGUGGUGAAGUUCCACCAUCAACAAAUAGAGGGUCUGGUUGGGUACAUGAUCCAAAACUUACACCUUUUGCUGAGACUAAAGCUCAAAUUAAUUUGAAAUUGCGAGAUGUUAAGGGGGAAGUAAUGAGUGUUCUUAGACUUAUGACAGCAACCCAAAAACAGAAGAAAUCAGAGUUUAAAAGUUUAGACCAAACUAUUAAUAGGUUGGACCGUAAUGGCCAGUGGGUUUCAAUAUCUCACAAAUGUGCUGAUGUUGACUCAGAAAUGAGUAUUGCUCUUGGAGUAUCUAAAGCUAUUUUGAGCAAUGUACUUCUUUGCCAUCAGGAGGAAUCAAAUUGGCCAUUAGAUAAGGAUAAUGAAGUUAAAAAAAGGUUUGAUGCAAUAUUUGGUGCUGAACAUUACAACAAAUGCCUAACACAUAUUAAAGAUUUAAGAAAAUCACUAAUGGAAGAAAUGAGAACAAUGAAAACAGAUCUGCAUUAUUUGAAAGAAUAUAAGAAAGAAGCUGGAGAAAAAAGAGCUAAGAUGACAAAUGUAGAGUUAAAAAUUUCUAAGCAUAAUGAUGAUAUUGCUUGCAUUAAAGUCAAACUGAUGCCUGUUCAAAACAGAUUGAAAGAGCUUGCAGAGCUUGAAGAUAAAAUUAGUGCUUUGCACAUAGAAUGUGAGAAAGAAAAGGCAAGAUUAGGAGCUGUAAAAAACUCAAUAAGUGAAUAUAGAAAAAAUAUUACUAUUGAGUUCAAAGGAACUACAGAUGAGUUAAAAGAAACCAUUCGAAAUUUUGGCCAAGAACUCAAGAAGAAAGAGGCUAAAGUUGAAACCCUUGAAAAAGAAGGAGAAGAUGUUGCAAAAGAAAUAGAAAGAAACCAACAGUUAAUUGGAACGGAAAGAAUGAAAAUAGGUCAACUUAUGCGUGAUUUUGAAAAUCACAAAGAUCUGAUCGAUAAACGCAAUGCUGCUCUUUUGAAACUGUCCAAUGAAUUGUGCCUAAAUACAUCAUUUUCUGAACUGACUCAGGGCAGAGAAGCGGAUCGUAUUAUGGGUCUGGUUGAUGAAGAGAUCUCUAAAAAGAAAGAUAGUAUUAAACAAUUGGAGAAGGAGCAAAGAACAGCCAUUUCAAAACUUCAAUCAGAAAUAGAUAACACGAGAGAGUCUCGGUCCAAACUGGAACAGAGCAUAGAAAACAAACGCUUUACUAUCAGACAGACCAGAACGGAUUUACAGAAAAUCAAAUCUGAUAUUUCUGAUGUUGAUCAAUCGACACAACUCCUUAGCCAAUUAGAAACCAAAAUCGAUAGAGUGAAAAAUGAACUGGAUAUUGUUUUGAAAAGCACUAAUGUAGAAAAACUUGAAAAUGAUAUUAAAUCUGCUGAGGCCGAAAGAAAUAGGUAUGAAGAAGAGUUGUGCAUCCUCGAAAAGGAUAUUCAAGUUCUUCAACUCCAGAGCAAAGAACAGGCUAAACUAGAUGUUCAACACAAAACCAAAAAAGCAACUGAAGUCGAAAUAAUAAAACUAAAAAAUAAACACAGUUCUACUUUAAAGCACUUACUUGGAGAGAUACCUGAAAUGGGAAUCAAAAUGCAACUGGAUGCAUAUCUGAAUAAAUUGAGUGAUCAGAUAAAAUCUAAAAAUGAAGAAAUCAAAAUAAAAGAAAAUGAAAUUAUUCAAUAUGAAGCUGAAAAAAGAUACUCAUAUGCCAAGUUAAAAACAUUAAAGGAAACGGUUGAAACUGAUGAAUUUUCAAUAAAUAAAAUCUGUGAAGGUAAAGAUUUAGAUGAGUAUCUUGCAGAAAUAACGAGUAAAUUAGAAGAAUUGCAAGAUCAAAAGGGAACAUUGUCAGCUUCACAGUUUAUGUCAAGACGAUAUAUACAAAGUUUACAACAAAAAGAACCAUGCUGUCCUCUUUGUCACAGAGGUUUCACCAAAGAAGAAGAAGUUACAGAGCUUAUACAAGAGUUGACCCUUAAGGUGAAAGAAGUGCCAUCAAAACUACGUACCAACAGAGACAAUUUAGAAUCUAUGCAAGAAAAACAUAAAAAUUUGCUGCAGUUAAAACCAAAGUUUGAUAAAUUGUCUGCUAUGAAGUUCACAGAGAUACCUAAUCUUGAAUCAGAUUUGAAGAAACUGGAAAAGAAAUUAGCCAAUGCUAGAGAGGGGCUAGAGGUUCUUCAAAAUGAUCUACAGCAGCCUGAAACUGAUGUAUCACUUGGCAAAGGAAUUCUGAGUGACAUUGUACUUCUGGAGCAACAUUCUGCUGACCUCCGCAGAAUUGAUAGAGAAAUUGCCAAGUUGGAAGCUAACAUGCCUCCUGGUAGCACACGGACAUUAGAAGAGAGUUUACAAGACCAGAAAGAAUUAAGAGAAAAAGUUCUACUUGCACGAAGGGAUUUAGAAGAAAAACAAAGUACGAAAAAUAGGUUUAUCGAUAAGAGAAACAAAUUGCAGGAAGAGAAAAAUGCUAUUCAGAACCAACAAUUUAAGAUUAGUGGGAAUGCUCAGAUGCGUGCUCAACUAAUUGAAAGAAGAGAUGAACUUGAAAGUCUAGAGGUAAUGUUACAGAUGGAAGUAGAUAAAGGGUCUGAGGAUUUAGAGGCUUUAUCUCGGCAAUUGGAAUCUCUUCUUCGGCAAAGGAAAUCUCUUGAAUCAUCUCAAACCAUAGCACUAGAUGAAGAAAGGCAGAAAGUAAAGAAAUUAGAAAGUCGAUAUGGCGAAAUCUCAACCCAGCAGAGCAGGAUCUCUGAGUACGAACACUCAGGAGGAUCAAAAAAACUUGAACAGGCCCAACAAAACCUUGCCACUCUUGAAAGUAAAGGAGAUUCCCUUCAAAUGAAGAGGAUGGCUAUCAGUGAUGAGCGUGAUAGUUUGAAAAAUUAUCUAAUCACCCAAAAUGCUCGUCAGAGAGAGUUGAAUGACAAUCUUAAAUUACGUGAAACACUGAUAGAAGAGAAAGAAUUAGUUCAAAAUAUUUCAGUAUUGAUUAAUAAAAUAGGAGAUUUAGAUUGUACUAAAUUAAAUCAAGAAAGGAUAUCGUUGAAAAAAAAUGAAGAGAGAUUUUAUCAUGAAAUGUCAUCUACAGAGGGAGCACUACGAGAACUAAAGAAUACAAUGAGGUCUAUUGAGGAUGAACUGAAUAAAGAUCAAUUUAAGAAUGCUGAUAAAAAUUACAGGGAUAAACUUAUAGACUUAGAGGUUACUGAUGCUGCAGCUGAAGAUUUGAACAAGUACUAUGUAGCAUUUGAUAAUGCUCUGAUCACAUUCCACAAUGAGCGUAUGCAGCAAAUCAAUAAAGUCAUUCAUGAACUAUGGAGAAGAAUAUAUUCAGGAAAUGACAUUGAUUCAAUUCAAAUCCACACUGAACAGGAGGGAUCCACAUCAGCUGAUAAAAGAAAAGUCUACAACUACAGAGUUGUUCAAAUGAAGGAUGGAAAAGAACUUGAUAUGAGAGGUCGAUGCAGUGCUGGUCAAAAAGUUCUUGCAUCUCUUAUAAUAAGGAUAGCACUGGCUGAAACAUUUGGAUCAAAGUGUGGUGUUCUUGCUCUUGAUGAACCUACCACUAACCUUGAUCAUCAGAAUAUUGAGAAAUUAAGUAUAGCACUAAAAGAGUUAGUGGAAACACAUGCAAUAAGAAAAAAUUUCCAGCUAAUUGUUAUUACACAUGAUCAAGGGUUUUUAAGAAUACUAACAGAAAUAGAAAAGAUCGAUCAUUACUUUGAGUUAUCAAGAAAUAUGGAGGGAAAAUCAGUAGUCUCAAAGAUUGUCUUACAAUAAUAAGAGCAACACAUUUGGAGACAAACAAAUUCAAAUUUUUCGCUGUUAAUUAUUGUUUUAAAUUUAUUUUUCAACUUGUUUUCUUGAAACGAGAAUACUUCCUUGAGAAAUUUAUUCCAAUGUUGCAUAGUAUAUAUAAUAUACUCAACUAGUUUAAAUUAUUUAUUUUAUUUGUUGAUAUUAUGUAAUAAUUGUCUAUCAGCUUGUGGAUAUAUGUUUUUUAAAAAUUGUAUUAAAGAUUUAUGUUCAUUAAUACUAGUUUAUCCUAAAUUUAUGGAUAUGCUUUUGUUUGUUUUAAAUAUAUUUUUUGCCCUAUUCAAUUUAUUUUAUUUUCCAUUGCAGAC